UCCAUCCCCAUACACUCAGCCCCCUCCCCCCAACGCCUCUCUCACUCCCGGCGGUUCAGCAACCCAGGUCGACCACCACCGGCCACCAUUUCCGGUCGACCACCGGUACGGUAUGUCCUCUCUCUCUCUCUCCCAGAUAUUUGUAGCUAGACAAGCCCCCGCCGGUGAAGACGAAGAGAGAGCACCGAGCCGCUCCCUGUGAAGAGCAUAUAUUUUGCUUUGCAUACUAAGGCUCAAGUUUUUUGGGGGGGUUCAUAGCACUUAGGAAAUGCACGGAGGCAGAGGUGGCAGGGAUGCUUUCUUUGAUUUUGGUGAUCCUUUUGCUAGUUUCAGGGGCUUUGGGGGUAACAGAAAUUUAAUGCCAAGCUUUUUUGGAGGGAGGAAUCCAUUUGAUGACCCUUUCUUCACAUGCCCAUUCGGUGGCAUGUUUGAGUCGAGCCUCUUCGGUUCAAGUGGAAGUCCUUUUAUGAAUAUGCAUCCGACUGGAAUUCUUGAGCAUCAAGUUCCACAGCCAGAAAGACCAAGGGGCCCAAUUAUCGAGGAGUUAAUUUCUGAAGUUGAAGGUGGCGAAAGGGGCUUGGGAAGAAUCGGUAAUGGAGAGAAAUUCUGCUGCUUGUGCCAUGGAAUGGAGUAUUGAGCUUGAGAAGGCCCUCCGUUCCAAAAAACCUGGUCUAUCUAUUGAAACUAUAUUACAAACUGGGCCAAGGCUGGAGCGUUGGAGUAGAGAACCUGAGCCUACUAUGGCAGUGUACAACAUGUUUGGCUUAGUUCCAGGGGAGGAUAGGCUUUUUGCGAACACCAUUCUGUUACGGCUUGCUGAUGCUUUUAGGUUGGGUGAUAAACACACCAAAUUUGCUGUUGUUAGGAUUUUCCUGUCUGAGUACAGGCAUCGUGACAAGAAGAAGAAAAGUAAAGGACACAAAGGGAUUUUGUCAAAGGUCAGGGUGCAAAACCGCUUAGAAUUGUUGACAAGAGUAAAGGUUGUUUUUGACACUGGUGAUGUUGAGUCAAGAGCGAUGGCAUUAGCUCUCUUUGGUUGUUGGGCUGAUUUUGCAAAAGACAGUGCUCAGAUUCGAUACAUGAUACUUUCUAGUCUUGUUUCUUCUCAUGUUUUGGAGCUGAAAGCGUCAUUAUUUGCUGCUGGAUGCUUUUCCGAGUUAUCAGAUGAUUUUGCGUCUAUUUUAUUAGAGAUGCUGGUUAAUAUGGCGACUUCAUCUGAAACAUUGUCUGCUGUAAAGUUAGCUGCCGCACGAGUUUUUGCAAAAAUUGGGCGCUCAUAUUCAGUUGCAAAUAGAGCUUACAAGACAGGUCUAAAGUUAAUGUUGGACUCUUCAGAAGAGGAUUUUUUGGUUGCUUUGCUGGUAUCACUCUCAAAAAUUGCUUCCAAAUCAACAAUUCUUAUUUCUGAACAGGUGGACGUGCUUUUCUCAUUUCUUAGACGAGAAAAAACACUGCGUAUGAAAGCAACAGUAUUAAGGUGCCUGCAUUUCAUUUUCAUAAAAGGUUUAUGUCAUUUUCCUGUGAGUGCAGAUCUAGUUAAAUCAUUAUUGAGCACAAUGAAUGAGCCUGAACUUCCCACAUUUAUGCAAGCUGAAGCUCUACAGAUUCUACAUAAGAUCCUUUCAUAUAAGCUACCUCAUUUGCCCUGUCUGGACAUGCCCGAAUUUGCUAAGCUUUUAACCAUUGCUGAAAAUUCCUCCCAAUUUCCAAUCGUGUCGAAGAGCUUCUUAUCGAUCCGUGUUCUGGUAGAUAUAUCAAUCAAGCUUAGGGGAAGAACGGAAAUGGAAUCUAGUAUGUUUUGUUCCUCUUUGCCAUCAAGGGUGAUCUCAUUGAUUAUAGACCAGAUGACGUUGCUGGUAAAUGAUCUUUGCCAGAUUGACUCACGAGUGUUUCAAGAAGUUCAGAGUCUGCUCAACCUCCUUGCUCUUUUGGUUUGUGAACAUCCAGAUCUGGGUGUUUUGGUGCUGGACAAGAUCUGUUUAUUUGUUGAAUGUGUCGCAAAUAUGCACGGCCAUGUCCUGGCUACAAGCCAAUCAGAUACUCUGGUUCUUGAGAUGGACUUCAAAAAAGAGAAGAGCACAGUCAUUAAGUCAAAACUUGUACUUAUUGUAUACAGAUUUCUGGUUGCUUGUCUUGAAAAUCUCAAUGAAGCUGGUGUUCUCACUUCUAUAGCAUUUGAAAGAGUGAAGCUUCUGGUUGAACAUGUGUGUCAGUGCAGCUGGUUUGAUUGCUAUACACAUACAAUCUACUCUCUAUUGUUCCACAGUCGAAUCUUUUGGGGUUGCUGGGUGGAUGAAAGUGAGGGAACUUGCAGUCUUAAUAAAAACUCUCUUAAUUAUUACUUGGUUGAGAAAGAAACUCUUACCCUAGAGUAUGCAAAUAAGAUGUUGAAGGAGAGGUAUAACUGGCCUGCUUACAGAGCUGGGACAUAUGCAGCAUGUCAGGGAGCAUGGUUCACAGUGGCUUUCAUAUUUGGGCAGUUAAUAACAAAGGUUCAGUCUGAUAUCUUCUACUGCUGGUUAAAAUCGAUAAUUCAAUUGGCUCAUUCUGAGAGGAGAAUCCAGCUAUUGCUUUUACCAAAACAAGGGUCUACUUUAGUAGAUUGGUUAGAGAAGAACAACUUUCCUACAAGUCAUGAUUUGGGUGAAAUCAGCAGGGAUACUGCUGGAAAUGGUAGGGAGCCUAAUUACAGUGAAGAGCUUGUUGAGGCUUAUGAGGAUAUCUGCUCUUCAGGAAAAACAUUAGAAGCUGCUGUCACAUUGGGUCAAGACUUUUGUUUCCAGAGAUGGUUUCUGCAUCUAAGAUCUAAACUUUUAAGAGCUUUGUUGGAUAUACUCAGAAUUCUCAGAAUCAUUUCAUUCAACCCUGACAGCAUUAGCAAUAAUGGAGAGGUGGAGAAGAGUGUAUUGGUUGAGUGCCUGAAGUCUUUGCCCGAAAUUAUUCAGAUUUCUUUGCAGUUUAAGAAGCUAGCACAAGAAUUUGAUCUAAUUGCCACAUCUUUCAUAGAUAUGGACUGCAAAAGUUCCAAAGUAAUCUCAUCACUUUCACUAAGUUGUUCGCUUUUGGCCUUUAGUACUGGCUUUGUACUCUCUCUUCCCAAUCUUCCAGCCUAUGAAACUUUUACGACUUGUGGUACGAGAAGCUCGGAAAUCUGUUUACAUGCAAUGUUAAUACAAAAUUUAGUUGGGCGUUUGUGCCAUAUAGACCAUGAGACAAGUAGAAAUCUCUGUCAGCUUUUUGAUGUCAGUGGACAGCUUAAGAACUGUUGUCACUUGCAGUCUAGAAAUAAAAAUUUGAAGGUUGGAUGUGAAGGAAAGGAUAUUCUUACUGUCUGUAGUUAUGCUGUUUUGGAGGCUGUUCGUUUGCAAGAGGCAAAUAGAGAGCAUGACGAGGAGGUUUUAUCCCAAGUUACCAAGGGGGGUUUACAACUUCUGUUGAACAUUAUAAUGAAAUGGAUACACAUUCCUUUUCGGACUCCCAAAUAUUUCUUUAAAGUAAGGCGUUGCAUUGGAUCAGAGCUCUUUGCCUGCAACUCAGACACUAAUAACCCAGAUGGAAUAUCUGUAUUACCAGGCUUCCACCUAUCGCUAAACCUUUGUCUUCAACUGGUUAACUUGCCACCAGAUCUCUCAGCUCGACUAACAAAGUUAUACUGCAUCCUUUAUUGUAGAGUGUCCUUUGAGGAGCCCAGACUAAGUGAGGAAGACAAGGAGCGAAAGCAGCAGGGUUGUCGAGCUUGGGAAACUGAUGACAUGGUAGAAAUCAACGAAAUGCUAUUGCAUUAUGUGACAAAUUUAAGUACAAAAAGCAGUAAUAAUAGUAAGUGCAGAAGGUGUGAUAACAAGAAGGAUGGGGUUGUUUAUGCAUUUACACAUUUUGACCCAGAUGAGAGAGGCCAAGGAUUUGCAAGUUGCUUGCUUGAUAUUUCUGGUUUUCCAGUAGGCUCUUAUAGAAUUAAAUGGCGGAGUUGUUGUCUGGACAAUCAGGGUUCUUAUUGGAGCCCCGUUCCUUUGAAUGACGGACCUGUAGUUACUGUACGGAGAUCUCCAGUUGGCAGAUGAUUUUGUAAUGUAUUUGGUGGUACAUGUAAAUGAUCUUCUCCACUGUAUAAAAUAGUCUGAAGUUCAAGAGGUAUUCAAGUUCAUGGCUAAUACCAUAUUUUGAAGUGGUUCCUAGGCAAGAGGUCUGAAAUUCAAUCAGAGCUGAGCCACCAUCGCUUUUGCAGAACAGCCUAUACAUCAAUCCACAGAGGGUUUCGGUUCUGGUUGCUCUAGACCUGUUUGUUUCUUGAGAAACCCAAAGAGAAAGAGAUAGGAAGUAACUGGACUGAAUGUUGGAGGUUGCUGUGCUGUGACGAGAUGACCUUAGAAUGAUGGGAAAGCUAGUAGAUCAAUUUGGAGGCAAUGCACAGAUUUCAAAUGUUCAGACAAAAAUCCCAUGAAUUGCUUUCCACGAGGAAGAAAUCAUGGUUUCAAGUUAUGAAGUGACUGCACACCAUGAAAUUAGAGUCUCCCUAUGGCAAGUCAGAAACUACUUAGUGUUUUGAAGAUAGGCUAUGCGAAUGGUUAUUUCCAGUGAAGAAUUGCUUUUAGUGCUAUUGUGGGUUUGCGUCAAUAUGAACAUGGAGGUCAGCUUCCUGAUCUAGAGUCCAAAAUUUUCCAACUUGAUCCUGUGCAUCCUGCUGUAUACAAGAUGGAUGAAAAAAAUUCAAGCAACAGUUAUGGCCACUUUGUUGGAGCUGCUUUAAUCUUAGAAGAUAUUAAAGCAUAGGCAUUAGUACUUUGUAUCGGAAUUUGAAACUAAUGCCAAAGAAAUUGUAAUUAUUGUUAAAACUUGAUUGUAAUAUUUAUGGUUGAAUUUGUAUGAUAAUAUUUGCAAUUGAACUUUUGUUGGUA